CCGGAUAAAACACCAAGCAUGCAACUACAGGUAAACCGUCGUUCGCCAUGGUCGGCGUCCUGCUCCUCCUUAGCAUCAUGCCGCUCGCCGCCGGCGAACUACUGGCGCAGCUCUGCGGCAACGGCGGCAACUACACGGCCAACGGCACCUACCAGUCCAACCUCGCGCGCCUCGCCGCCGCCCUCCCGAGCAACGCCUCCUCCUCCCCGGACCACUUCGCCACGGCCACCGCCGGCCAGGCCCCCGACGCGGCGUACGCGCUCGCGCUCUGCCGCGGCGACGUCGCCAACGCCACCGCCUGCGGCGACUGCGUCGCGGCCUCGUUCCAGGACGCGCGGCGGACGUGCCCGAGCGACAAGUCGGCGACCAUCUACUACGACGACUGCCUCCUCCGCUUCGCCGGCGACGACUUCCUCGCCGCGCCCAACAUCACGGAGAACGCCACGCUCUUCCAGGCAUGGAACCAGCAGAACAUCACCGGCGACGCCGCCGUCGCCGCCGCCAACGUCCGCGAGCUGCUGACGGUGACGGCCCGGACGGCGGCGGCGGCGGCGAGGCGGUUCGCCACAGGCUUCAUGGACGGAAGCAGCGAGUCGAAGCAGACGCUCUACUCGCUGGCGCAGUGCACGCCGGACUUGGCCGCCGGCGACUGCCUGGCUUGCCUCCAGCGCCUCAUCGCCAUGGUGAACUCCACCACCUCCGUGCGCUUGGGAGGACGCGUCCUCUUGCUCCGGUGCAAUCUCAGGUUCGAGGCCUUUGUCUUCUACGCCGGCGAGCCCACGCGGCGUGUCAGCCCGCCGGGCUCAACUCCGGCGCCGGAUUCCAUCGCUCCGACCAAAAACAGAAAGAAGAGCAAAUCAUGGGUAAUUGCUGCUAUUGCAGCUCCUGUAGCGGCAGUAGUUCUCUGCUUGAUCGUCUGUUACUACUGUCGUUGGUCAAGAAGGUUCAGAAAAGAUAGAGUGAGAUUGCGAGAAAAGCGUAGUCGCAGGUUCCGAGGAGAUGAACUAAUUUGCGAAAUGGAGGGAGAGAUUUCAGAGUUUUCGGUUUUCGAGUUUCGUGAGGUUAUCAAGGCUACAGAUAACUUUUCUGAAGAAAACAAACUUGGAGAAGGUGGAUUUGGCCCUGUAUAUAAGGGCCUGUUUUCUGAGGGAUUGGAGAUAGCAGUUAAGAGACUUGCUUCACAUUCAGGACAAGGUUUCCUAGAGUUCAAAAAUGAAGUCCAACUAAUUGCCAAACUCCAGCACAGGAAUUUAGUUAGGCUCUUGGGAUGCUGCUCUCAAGGAGAGGAGAAAAUAUUGGUCUAUGAAUACUUGCCAAACAAAAGUUUGGACUUCUAUAUUUUCGAUGAAAGGAAAAAAGAUUUACUAGAUUGGAACAAACGUCUAGUGAUAAUCGAAGGAAUAGCACAAGGACUGCUUUAUCUACAUAAGCACUCCCGAUUGCGUGUGAUUCAUCGAGACCUUAAGCCAAGUAACAUUCUCUUGGACAGCGAAAUGAACCCCAAAAUUUCAGAUUUCGGGCUAGCAAAAAUAUUUGGCUCAAAUAGCAAUGAAGGAACUACAAGAAGAGUGGUUGGGACCUAUGGUUACAUGGCUCCAGAGUAUUCUUCCGAGGGCCUCUUCUCUCCAAAAUCUGAUGUAUUCAGCUUUGGCGUUAUAAUUCUCGAGAUCAUUAGCGGAAAAAGAAAUGCCAGUUUAGAUCAAUGUGAAGACUUCAUCAAUCUCCUUGGAUAUGCAUGGAAGUUGUGGUCAGAGGAAAGAUGGCUUGAACUUCUUGAUGCAUCAUUGGUUACAAAUUGGCAGUCAUCGUGUAUGUUGAGGUGCAUUAACAUUGCGUUGUUGUGUGUACAAGAGAAUGCAGUUGAUCGACCGACCAUGUCAAAUGUUGUUGCAAUGCUAAGUAGUGAGAGUAUGGUCCUUGAUGAGCCUAAGCAUCCAGCAUAUUUCCAUGUAAGGGUGACAAAAAAUGAUGAAUCAUCCACUGUAGGAACAUGUAGUACUAUCAAUGAUGUGACCAUUAAUUACUGAUCCAAGUGCAAGAUAACUUUUGAUUUCAUUUUGUUAAGAUGAGCUGCAUGUUCUACUGUGUAAUGAACCAUUCCUCUCAAUCAAAUGGAGUUAAAUUUCAUAAAAAAAUA